ACUGUCUAGCGCGUGCUGUCUAGGCCGCGCUGGCACGCGACAUCAGUGACAGCGUUCCAGCGUGGCCAGAGUUGGCGCUCGUUCACGUGGCGUUCGAUCACUCGGCGGCGAGCACGAGCUGGCCGACGCUGUCGUCCCGACCACGUUACUUGUCUUCGAACACUUCCUGUCCCGAUCGAAAACUUCCAACGAACCCGAAACAUGCUUCACUUCCUGGGCAACUUGCGGAAGCUCUUCAGGGCGCGCAAGGUGAACACCGACGGCAAUGUCUUCCGCCUCCACACCGUCGUCACGGUCGCCAUUCUGAUGGCCUUCGGCACGAUCCUCACCACCAGGGAGUACGUGGGGACGCCCAUGGACUGCCACUGCCCGACGGUUCCCAAGAGCGUGGUCGACUCCUUCUGCUGGGUCGAGUCCACGUUCAGCUUUCGCGCCCUUUUCAAUGCGUCGUACAACGGAAGCGUCGUCUAUCCUGGCGCCGGCCACAAGCCUCCGGGAAGCGGACUCGGAGACCGCAAGUACCACACGUACUACCAGUGGGUCUGCUUCCUCAUGUUCGCGCAGGCACUGUGCUUCUACGUGCCCCGCUGGUUCUGGAAGGCCUGGGAAGGCGGCAAGGUGCCCGCCAUCGUCGCCGCGCUCGACAUCCGCUCGACCGUGACGCAGGACAGCGCCGAAGUUCGGUCGCAGAUGGUCGACUUCCUGGUGCUCAACAUGAACCACAACCGCUGCUACCUGGCCAAGUACCUGCUGUGCGAAGUGCUCAGCGUCGUCAACAUCGUCGCCCAGGUGGCCUUCACCGACUACGUCCUGGGAGGAGGAUUCCUGACCUACGGCUGGGACCUGGUCCGCUGGCAUCGCGGCGAGGGCCGCGACUUGGUGAGUCCGGCGGUGGUGGCGUUCCCCAGGAUCGCCAUGUGCACCUUCCUCAAGUACGGCCAGUCGGGAACGAUCGAGAACCGAGAGGCCAUCUGCGUCCUCCCGCUCAACAUCAUCAACGAGAAGGUCUUCGCGUUCCUCUGGUUCUGGUACGCGUCCCUGCUGCUCGCUGGCGUGUUGGCCGCGUCCUAUCGCGUGCUGCUCCUGGUGAACGCGCCGCUCAGGCGUCGCCUGCUCAGCUGGCGCUACCCGGACAGCCAGCGCAUCUCGACCGUCGUGUCGGCCAUGUCGGCCGGCGACGUCUUCCUCCUCAGCCUGGUGGGGCAGAACGUGGACUCGCUCGUCUUCAGCCAGCUGGUGGCGGAGCUGUCGCGCCGGUUGGUCAAGGUGCCCGCAGUCGUGCUUCCGUCAGCUCCGCUGCCUCACUGAGGGAGGCAGUCCAACAAGUGCUCGCUAGUUGACUCUCCCCCUCCGUGCGGGUAUUAUGCGGGAGAACGCGCAUCCUUCAUUGUUUUGUUUAGAGUGAUUUGUUUUUUGUUUUGUCAGGCUGAUGAUAAAAUGCUUUCAUGUGUGCCACUCA